AUGCAUCGUGCUAUUUUAAAUGACGAUAUCUUUCAUAUCAUUUUACAAAAUGUCAAGACCUCCCCGACGGACUUGAGAAACGUGGCCCUAACCUGCUCCACACUCUCAGCUCCCGCCCUCGAUAUGCUCUGGUGCGAGCAGUCCAAUUUGGCACACCUCAUUAUGUGUCUGCCCGAGGACACCUGGGAAAUCGGAGACUACGGCACCAUUAACAUUUUGCGCGAACCGCUACUCGCAGAGUGGGAGCGCGUGAUAAUGAACGCGUCAAGGAUACGCAGUAUUGUUCGCAACUGGAGUCUCGUAUAUGACGAUGUCCAGAAACUACGUGGCCCGCUCCUACAGCGGCUUUUCCGGCUCUGGCCUCCCACCCUACUCUUCCCUAAUUUGCGCGCACUCCAUUUUGACGCUCUGUCAGACGUUAGCUCAGAUUUCUGCCUACUGCGCAAGUUCUUCUAG